ACUGAAAGCCUCGAGGUUCCGGGUCUCGCACCAUGCCAUGGGUCCUUUGGAUAUAAGGGAUACGACGGGCCGAAUUGUAUCAUUGAAGAUAUCGAUCUUCUGAAUAUUGUCUUCCAUUGACAUCUAGGCAGGUCAUUCGAAACUGAGACACUAUCAAUAGCAAAUCUAUAGCAGGCUAGCCCGCACAGGCCUGAUAUGAGCCGAGAAAUGCCAAGCAUGCUGGCGAUACCGUUCGUCACUGCGACUAGUCGUUAUUCAACGUUUCGUUCCUUGGGAGUGCACCCCGUUCACGUUCAAUUACGCGUGGUAACUGGAUCAUAGCUUGCAUUCCGAUCAGCGCCACAGCUCUUGGAAAUAUUAAAUUAUGGAGGUUUCAGUGCUGCGCUAUGCUAAUGGGCGGCUUUAUUUAAAGCCAAGCGUCAACGCACACUCAAGGUUCCAUCGCCGCAAUGAACGCCCCUCAUUAUCCAGAACCGACAUGGAUGCGCAUAUCUGGUCGCAAAACCCCGUUCUACACCAGGCCGUUGCUAGGAUCUGAGCUAUUUGAUGACCGAACUAGCGUUCUACUUGAUGGUAUGACCGACGCAUGUGUCGGCUUCACAUUUCGGAGCCUAUAUGCUGCGGACGAGGUGAAACAACGCGCCCGCAAUGCCUUCGCUAGGCUUCGCUUUUCGUGUCCAAUCAUUGCAACCAAUAUAGUCGGUGACGUUUCCGGUCCCAUUCCGAGAUCAUGGGUAUAUGCGCCUGUACAAAGUUUAUCGGAGCUCACGCACUGGAUAAACGAUGCCUUUUGCAUCGUGCACCACGAUCUGAACGUUGAUGCUUUCGUCGAAGAAACUAGUCAACGUCGACUCCCUUACCAGCCCCAGAACGCAAGUCCCAUCUGGUUUCGUUGCUAUCUUCUCUUGGGCAGCAAUAACAAACACGGCCUCUAUUUUCAUGGCCCGCAUGCCAUCAUGGACGGUGGCCCGACGCUCAAUGCCUUUGCACUCAUGCUCCAAUGGAUGACGAACGAUGUCAUCGAACCUGCUGAGAACUUACCGUGGGGGACAGAAUGGCACAAUCUGCCCCUUGGUCCUGUUGGUGCCACAGGUGGUCCUCGUGAAGAUUGGGAUAUCGCAGGUAUCGAGCUCCUGAAGCAAUUGUCAGACUCCGAAGCGGUCCAUACGAUACCUUUGACUGUGCGUCCGUUUCGAAUGUCACAAAGUGCCGUCGGAAAGACAUGUAGACUGGAGCGAGUUCUCGACCCGACAUUAACGCGUAGGCUAGUCAACAAAACGCGGAUCGUCGGUUGCUCGAUGUCUCAUCUGUUUGAAGCUGCAUUUUGCAUGGUGCUGCUCGCCCGCAACCAACUUCCACCAUCCGUGUGGGAUGCCUACCACUUUCCAGGCAACUCCUCUGCUAUCUCGCUGAUUCCGCACCUGAAAUUGCCCUACGAUACGAAAACACAUUUCAUCUCUUCCCGCUCGCAUAUACCGAUCCAGAUUUCGAUGGCUGAAAUAUCGCCCAUAGUAUCGCCCAGAAGGCAGCUCCUGCAACUUACUCAAGCCAUAGAGCAAAGAUACGCUAGGUUUGCUACGCAUCCCUGUAUGCCCCACGUCCAGGCUGCAAGGGCGUAUCAACCAGAUGCUCUGCCAGAAAGACCAAACUUCGAGAGUUCUAUCAACAACGUUGGCCCCAUGGAGCGGCGAAUUCCGUUGUCAUGGAAAGGGAGGCAUACCACUGAGUCGGUCAUUGAGCUGGAGUCUGUGUUGUUUUCAGUCAGGUUAACGUCUUUAACUCCAAUAAUCCACAUAUGGACCAUGAAGGGCAGUCUACAUGUUCAGAUUCAAGCAAAUGACGCCUGGCCAAAAGCAGACCUACAGGACCUUCUAGACGCUAUUUGUUCUCGAGUAUGCCUGGUUCUUGAAGACUUUUCCCAAAAUCCUCAAGGCCAUCCCUCUGACUCGCCCUUGAUCGAACGAAGCAAACUUUGACGUUGGAAAAUCUUUCAAAAUGUCCCUUGAUCACCUUUCUGGGUGAUUGCGCUUCGAGCAUCCUGGUUGCGACUCGCUUUCUGGUCCCAGCUCACCAAACCUUCUUCCGUUCGCGUCAGUGGAUCCUUUGGAUGAAGCAGUGGAGGGAGCACUCCUCACGUGCUCUGUUUGGUCACGGGAGUCUGCCGAAAAGGCAUGGAAUAUAUGAUUGAAGCCCAAGCAUCAAUGCAUCAACGGCGAACGAAGAGACAGCUGUUAGGUCAUAGGUCUGCUAAUGCAUGAAGACGCUGAAUACUCUAGCAUAAUUAUCCACCAGUACUGCAGAAUGGCAUGUGCCCCUGAAUAUCUCAGAGGAAAUCAAACCCUAGCUAAGCCUCGAUCCUGCAAGUAAAUUUUAGUUUGAAACUCUGCCAAUGCUCCAUUCAUGAUUCAUGAUGGCUGCUAACUCGCAGCGCGAA